AUGUUGGGCGCAGUGACUGGACCCUUUUCCACCCGAGCCUCCAGGGCCUGGCCCCCGAGGGGCUAAAGAGCCCGGUGCCCUCUCCCCACAUUGUGGCCGCCCCCCCGGCUCCCUUGAGCCAUGCCUCCCGCCUGGUUUGGCUUCCACAGGUUCCUGCUGCGCCUCUCCAACCACCCCAGGUGGGGACGACGGCGGCCCCAGGCUCCCCUGCUCUGGCUCCUGCUCCUGGGCUGGCCCGCCUGGGUCCAGCCGGCCACCUUCAAGGUGGGGGUGAUGGGGCCCUGGACCUGUGACCCCAUCUUCGCCCAGGCCUUGCCCGAGGUGGCUGCCCAGCUGGCCAUUGGGCGGCUCAACAGAGACCCCACCAUGAACCAGGGCUACUGGUUUGACUACAUGCUGCUGAACGAGGAGUGCCAGACCAGCCAGGUGCUGGUGGCCUUGGUCAACGCCGAGCGUUACGCCUCGGGCUUCGUGGGGCCACUCAACCCAGGGGCCUGCGGGGCGGCCGGGCUGCUGGGCCGGGCCUGGAACAAGCCUGUCUUCUCCUGGGCCUGCCUGAACGGGGACGCCGAGGUGGAGCGGUGGGGCACCUUUGCCCGGCCCCUGCCCCGGGCCUCGUCCGUCCUCUACGCUGUCCUCAAGUUCUUCCGCUGGGCCCACGUGGCUGUGGUCACCUCCCGGCAGGACCUGUGGGUGGAGGUGGGGCAGGGCCUGGCCAGCUCCCUGCGUGAGUUUGGCUUGCCCGUGGGCGUGGUGACCACCAUGGAGCCCGGGGCUGAUGGGGCUUGGAAUGCCCUGCGGAAGGUGCAGAGGGCCGAUAAUGUCAGAGUGGUGGUGAUGUGCAUGCACUCGGUGCUGCUGGGUGGGGAGGAGCAGCGCCUCCUGUUGGAGAAGGCCGAGGACCUGCGCAUGACGGACGGCACCUUCGUCUUCAUCCCUUACGAUGCGCUGAUGUACAGCCUGCCCUACCGCCGGACUCCCUACCCUGUACUGGGUAACAACACCAAGCUGCGGCUGGCCUACGACGCCGUGCUCACCGUCACAAUCGAUGCCCCUGAGCGCAGCUUCCGCGAGGCUUUCCAGGACGCCCAGCAGGCGCAUGAGCUGCCGGCUCACCUGGACCCCACGCAGGUGCACCCGCUCUUCGGCACCAUCUACAACUCCAUCUACUACCUGGCCAAGGCGGUGGAGCGCACUCGUCAGGCCAGCCGCUGGGUGAUGGGCUCCAGCAUCGCCGAGCAUGCCCGGGACUUCCAACUGGAUGGCUUCUGCCAGCCGCUGGCGGCCGACGAGGACGGCGACCCCAUGGUGAGCUACAUCAUCCUUGACACAGAUGGCAAAGGCAACCGUCUCUGGCCCACCUACAGCGUGGCCACGGGGCCCGAGGGGCUGCGCUACAUGGGGCACACCAUCCACUGGCCCCACAGUGCCAGCCCCAGCUCCGACUCGAGCUGCUGGUUCGACCCAACGUCCGUCUGUUCCGGGGGGGUGGACCCCAGCUUCAUCCUGCUCCUGUUCAUCCUGGUUUCCAGCUUGAUUGUUGGGGGAACGAUUCUUGCUUACUACAUCAGGCGCCGGAUCCUGCAUGCCCAGCUGAUGAAGGGGCCCAACAAGAUCAUUCUGACCAUGGAUGACUUGACCUUCAUCCACACCCAGAGCAGCAACAAAAAGAUGGACGACAGCCGCACCAGCCUGGCGGGGAAGAGCGUCUCCGACAUGAGGAGCUUCAAGAGCCUGGCAGCUGCCCCCGACAACACCAACGUGGCUGUCGCUGAGGGAGAUGAGAAGCAAAAAUGCAACAGCCACGUCCCCUUCCUCCUCCUUUUGUUUAACAACCAAGGGCUAGUGGCAGCCGUGCAGGGGAUGAAGUACCUCCAUCACCGGGACGUGGUCCAUGGACGGCUGAAAUCACGGAACUGCGUGGUGGAUGGGCGCUUUGUGCUGAAGGUGACGGACCACGGCUACAAUGAGCUCCUGGAGGCCCAGAAGAUCCCACAUGACCCACCCAGGCCUGAAGAGCGGUUCUGGACGGCACCGGAGCUGCUGCGGGACCCGACGCUAGAGCGCAAGGGCACCUUCCGUGGGGACGUCUACAGCAUCUCCAUCAUCAUGCAGGAGGUGAUCUGCCGCAGUGCCCCCUACUGCAUGCUGGACAUGCCGGCCGAUGAGAUCAUCCGGAAGGUGGAGAAGCCGCCCCCGCUGUGCCGUCCCUCGGUCUCGGUGGACCAGGCCCCGCUGGAGUGCAUCCAGCUGAUGAAGCAGUGCUGGAGCGAGCAGCCUGAGCGGCGGCCGACCAUUGACCAGAUCUUUGACCAGUUCAAGAACAUCAACAAAGGCCGGAAGACCAACAUCAUCGACUCCAUGCUGCGCAUGCUGGAGCAGUACUCCAGCAACCUGGAGGACCUGAUCCGGGAGCGGACGGAGGAGCUGGAGAUCGAGAAGCAGAAGACGGACAAGCUGCUCACCCAGAUGUUGCCACCGUGA